AUGCUGCGGAGUCCUGUGGCCUCCACCCCUUUCUCUGUAGCUGACAUCCUCAGGCUAGAGCGCCACCAGAACGAUUCCAAGACCCCGUCACAAUGGGAGUUGCAUAGGAACCCAGUAAAGCCUCGGUUCAUAAGAAUGAACCCGGAAUCCGGAAGGUCUGAGAGAAGCGACAGGCUACAAGCAGUGCCUUUUUGGUGCACCUGGGAGACAGUCCUGGAGAUGGACUCGAAUCCUGUGAGGGAGCCUGUAGAGACUUCCCCGGGCGCCAUCUCCCCACUUGGAGCCAGGAACCGGAUGACGGAGUGCGGCGCGGGCAACCUGAGCGGCGACGUGCGCCGAGGCGGUCUGGUUCCGACCAGAAAGCGGCCACGGCGGAAGUCCCGCGUGCUAUUCUCGCAGGCCCAAGUGCUGGCCCUGGAGCGGCGCUUCAAGCAGCAGCGUUACCUGACUGCGCCCGAGCGUGAGCACUUGGCCAGCGCGCUGCAGCUCACAUCCACGCAGGUCAAGAUCUGGUUCCAAAACCGGCGCUACAAGUGCAAGAGGCAGCGCCAGGACCAGACUCUGGAACUAGCGGGCCACCCGUUAGCACCGCGCCGGGUGGCAGUGCCGGUACUGGUACUGGACGGCAAGCCCUGCCUGGAUCCCGACAGAGCCGCAUUCCUGGAUCCCUACAAAGCCACCUCGCCCUAUUCUUGCUUCGGCGGCUACGCGGGCACUCCCUACGACGCUAGCUUUGCGAGCCACUGCACCGGCGCCGGUCCCGGGCCGCUCACACCACUGGCCAGCUCUGGCUUCAGCCCAGGUGGCCAAAGUGCGGCCUCGCAGGACCAUCUGCCCGCUACGCCUCAGGGAGUCAUGGCCUGGUGAAAAGCCUGAGCUCACCUACUGCCCUUCGGUGCCUGGUUCCCUCCCACUUCCUGCCGGUCGCCUCGGGGCUGGAAAGCACUGCCCACCUUACUGACCUCUGAACUGAACUGCUAGGAGGAGCGGCCCCUGAAGACCUUGAGAACAUUCUUUCCCUCGGAAGUGUAACCAUGCUUUUGGCUAGCCAUGUAGAUACUGUGCACAAGAAAUUAAUAAAUCUUAUUCCCUUGCCUUUCCGUGCUCUUCUGGACUAGAAAAGUAAUAGAAGCAACCGUGUACUGC